AAAACUUUUUCCGGAAUAUAGAUGGCGCACCAAUCUGUUGAUGAUGCUGAGUAAAAGUUAAGAAAUUUUAUGCAUCGUUUUUUGUGGGGCAGCAUAUGAAGCCAGAGAGGUACAUUCAGUAUUUCUAUAUACUAUGGGUCCGGAGAGUUUGUUAUAGAUGGUCCAUUUUAUAACCCAUGUGUCACCAGAAUGACGGUCUUCUACCUGAUUGUUCUUACUCUCCUCCCUGUCAGCUGCUAUGGACAGACCCAGCAGAUCAUGUUCACUCACAGAAGGAGCUGUCGACGUCCCCAUCAUUAUCAGGCAGAGAGUCAUUACUUGGUGAGAGCCAAGGGGCCGCUACCCGCCAGACAUUGCAACAUGACGUUUGCUGAAUCAGAAUGGAGUGCCAAUUCACCAGAUCAACAAUGCUAUUCUCUCUGUAUCAAACUCAUCAAUGCAUCCAUGACUAGUUGUGAUUUUAAAAUGACAUACUAUGAUGGAAUAGGGGACCCCAAACCUAGGACCUUCAACUGCAAGAGUUAUCCUCCCUCGUUAUGGUGCUCCAGCCACAUGGAGGUAACUGUGGAGUUGCGUGAGUUGGAUAGUUAUGACAGACGUGGAGUUGAUGGGUAUGACCUUACUUUGGAGAUUAAGCCUUACUGUCAUCAGCCAGCAAGUACAGUACCUGGGGAUGCUUACCUGGACCAUUACCUGCGUAAAGAGAAGCGUGACCGUGACACCAUCAUCAUAGCUGGCUCCCUGGUCAGCACGAUCUGCUUCCUGUUCGUCAUUUUUUGGCUUGUCUAUUGCUGCUGGAAACGACAAACCCCACGGGAGAGCUACCAAAGGUCGACAACUCCACUGUCUCAUCAGAACAGCUUCAAAUCAUCAGGCUCAGGACGGAAAGGUCCAGGGACAUCCCACUCAUCCAAUGGAGACCGAACAGAGGCCAAGAACUGGUACCCAAUGACCACGAGGUCUCCCCCCAAAUACCAGCCCCCUGUGUACAGCAGCCAGGGCUGGGACGCUCCGGCCGACAACAGCAGAUACACCGAGCUUCCAGGAACUUCCUAUUCUCCUCAAAGGGGCCCAACUCAAGGCUUCCAUUUGAGGCAGUUUUCCCAAGGAGAACCAUAUAAUCCACUGGCUCCAAUAAGAGAACAACCUCCCAUGUACAAACUGACCUUUGAGGUCACAGAGCGAUCACAUGACCCAGGAAUGCCAUUCCGAGGACCACCCCCUCUCCCUCCCCGUCCAAAUACAGUCCAGCGUCCAUCCAAACAGUACUACAUUUAGUUGUGUACUAAGAAAGCAGUAUUGUAUUUAAUUGUUAACUAGAGAGUCAUUAGAAUUCACAGGGGCUAAUACUGUGGAAUCACUAGAUUUCGUGGUGGCUCAAUUUUCGUGGAAUUCGUGGGUAGGUACCUCUCAUCCACGAAUUAACAUCCCCCAUGAAUUAUUAAAUUCUGGCUAUAAAGUCUUUCCUUUUGUAGGUAUACAAAAAUUCACAAAAUUAUGUCCCAACGAACCUGUAAAUUUUUAAUAUUCCACGAAAAUUGGCCCCCACAAAUUUUAAUGAUUCCACAGCAUUUCUUGAUUGCCAAUACUUUAUAUGUAUGUGGAAUGUUAUUUCAUGGAUUCACUUGAGUAAGAGAUAAGGUAUUUUUUAUUUGUUUAAUAUGUUUUUCUUACAGGAAUUCUUUAUUGAGGGCACCAUUUUAAAUUCAUGAAAAUUUAGCUGCUAUGAAUUCUAAUGAUUCCACAGUAAUUAGAUGUGUCUACUGAAUGAAAAUUUAUAAAAAUUUAUGAAUAUUUAUGUAAUUUUUACACUUUUAUGCGUUACAUAUUUUUAGUCUUUAUUUUUUGGUACAAUGAUCUUUGAAAAAUUUCUAUAUUAUGAAUGCAUUUGCCUAUAUGAUGACAAAAAAGAAAUUUUAUUAUUAAAACUAUUUUUUCUGUUAGUAUUUUAUAAUUAUGCAUAAAUGACAAAACAAUUAUGCAAAUUACUAAAGUUUAAGGUGGCUCACUACACCUUGAAAUUGUUUCUCAAAUCAGCAGAAAAUUUCUUGAUUUUGAUAGAUUGAAUAAUGAAUUAGAAGUAUUUAAGUAAAAUAGGUGAGAAAUGUGCAAUUUUGGAUAAAAAAUUAUAUUUUUAAAACUUUAAUUCAGUUAAUGUGAGCAAAAGACCCACGCGGAUUCAAACUCUGACAUGAUGUGCAAUUUUACAUUUAAAUCACCAUCUUGUGACAAAAUGUCUUAAAAAGUAAAAGUUUAAAUCUUGUGAGGUGCCUUAAUAUAUGUCAUAUUUACAUCCCAAUGUUUAUUCUUUCAUGAACAGUAUUUAAUCUAACUAACAUGCAUUAUGGUAUUCUUCUCUAUCGCUUUUAUCUGUUUUAUCUUUAUCUGCAGAAUAUUCUUAAAUUGAAAAAAAAUAAUAGCAUCAAGAAUUUUAAAUGCAAUGCAAGUUAGUACAGAUUGUAUAUUGAUACAUAUAGUUUUUUAAUGUUUUGAUAUGCAAUUAAGACCAGUGUGUUCAACUAUUUAUGAUGUCUGUUAACAUUGCACUGAAUGAUAUGUCCAACAGUUACAAGAUGUGUAUUUUAUAUACCGGUAUUUAGCACGCAACAUUUGUUUUUUGGAUGAAUUUCUGUCUAAGGUCAUGAAAUCAUAAGAGGGUUGAUUAUCAAGGUCAAGAUAUGUGUUCAAAGUUUCAUUCUUUAUUAUCAAAUACUGUUCAUUUACUGAACUGGUAUAUAUUAAUUAGUGCAAUGCUAUGAAAUGGUACAUUUAGUCAUUAGUUUGCCAUUAAAUCCGUAUUGAUAUAUUACGGUAUUGCCUUUAAUGCCUUGUGUGAUCAAGCUAUGAUGGAAAUGAAAUAUUCAUCUUGGAAAACAGAACUGAUCUGUGAUUUUAUAAAAACUACAUGUAGACUAUGCAAGUGUGUACAAUAAGUGCCUUAAACAACAUUUAGAGGUUGUCACAAAUAUAAGUACAUGUUAGUAAGGUUUAAAACUAAUACUUUGUUGUUUUACUGAUUAUUAAUGAUGUUGUGAUUUGUUGUGGUCUUUUAAGGAGAGACUAAUACUUUAGAGAAGUUAUUAACCUCUCUCUGUUGUGUGUACCAGAUAUAGUUAUAUCUAGAACCUGUUAUCAUGGUUUCAUCAUUAUUUGUUAAGCACCAAUUUUUGGGAAUUUUGUCACAGUAAGACACAUGACAGUACAUAUACAUGUCCAUGUACUAAAUCCACUUGUCAAAAAAUAAUCAAACAUCGAGGAAUACGGUAUUUAAGAAAUCACUGUACAUGUACAGGUACUGUUAAUAUGUACAAUACGGCGUACUGCCAUAUGAUACUCAAUCAUACUUUGUCGUACCAAAUUUGUAUCCAUUAAUGAAUGCUUAAAAGACUGUGAUUCAUCCAUUGUUUUAGCUCAAGAAUAAAUUAUUAUCUUAUAAUGCUAAAUAGAUUAAACUAUAUAUUACGAUGAUUAAAAAAUAAUGCAUUGUUGUGUUUUGAAUACUACAAUUAAACUAAACACAUUUAGUUUACUCUUAAGCAAGUUUUUUUUAGUUCAUAAUCUUCCCAUAUGUCUUUCUGGCUUUGAAUAAUAUACACUUUUAAAGCAGCAGGAGGGCCUGCUUAAGAAUUUUCUAGUUUUGGGU